UUACAGGUUGAGGUAAACUGUUUGCAAAUAUGAAAAGCUUGACCCUAACCAUCGCUCUCUUGUUCCUUACAGCUUUAGGAACCCAAGUUUGUUACCCUUGGCAGAAUGAGCAACCCCAGGGCUACCUACACAAGAUAAAGGACAUUGGCAGGAUGGCUGUGGCACAGGCAGAAUCUUCUGAAUCUUCUGAAAUUGCAAAACUUUUGAAAAUCACUGAAAGGUUUGAUGCCCUGGAUAGAGCACUGGCUUUGGGGAAACAGCUGCACCCCUAUGAGGAUAGAGUAAAGAAAAACAUGUCAGCAAAGCUGAAGAAGGAUAUCCCCCGCCUCAGAGAAAAGAUCCGUCCUACUCCCUACGUUGAAACCUUUCAGAAAAACUGGGCUGCUGAAGUACCGUCUUUCAAGGAUAAUAUUGCACCAGUGGUGGAUGAGUGGAAGAAGCAGACCAAGAAGAAUAUAAAGGGAUUUUACAAAAAAGCCCAGCCCCAGCUUCUGGGGCUUCGCACAAUGCUUCGUUCUGAGGCUGACGGCCUUAGAUCAAACAUUGCCCCACACGAGGAGGAAUUCAGGCAAAAGCUGAUUUAGAAGUUUGAAGAGGCAAAAGCCAAUGCUGGUCCUAAAACAGAAGAAUUUAAAGCCCAGUUAGCCCAACAUGCUGAAACCCUAAAACAGAGGCUU